CGACUCGACAUCGCUACAGUGUGAACUCGACGGCGUCAUGGCGGAGGCCGGCUGUAGUAGGACCUUCGGCUGAAAGGCUAUUUACAAUCGCAGUCGAUUAAAGAAUACUUUACUUCGAAUUCAUAACGGAAAAUUAAAAGGGAAAGUUAUUGCUCGCUUCUGGAGGAAAAAAAUCAAGAAACUUGGCACAAUUUCCAGUAAGAUCGUUUGGGGCUGCUCUCCCUGGGAGCUAGCUAGCUAUCAUUAGCUGCUAGCUAGCUAGCCAGCUAGCUAGCUAAAGAAAAUAAGAAAAGGACCACUGAAGUCGGACGGUAUAAACAGACUGGCUGUUCGCCGUAGCUAUCAAGGUGAACUCCAUCCAGCACCUAAAACCAGGCCGUCUUGGAUCUUUACAAUUUUUUGACGCUCAUACACUUCGGAACACCGACAUGGCUGGACGAAGUGAAGAAGAGAGUGUUAGUAACAGCAGUGGAGAAUCAAGUAACUCAGACGAUGAGUCCGCGUCUGGUUCUGGGUCGGGCUCCAGCUCGAGCAGCAGCAGCAGCAGCAGCAAUUCCGGCAGCAGCUCGGGAAGCGGGUCAGACUCCGGCAGCCAGUCCGAUUCUGACUCUGAGAAAUCCAAGAAGAACGAACCGGAAAACAAAGCCAAUAUUGAUGGGGCCGAGUUUUGGAAGUCCAACCCCAGUAUCCUAGCAGUGCAAAGGUCAGCCAUGCUCAGGAAACAGCAACUCCAGCAACAGCAGCAGCAGCAGAGCUCUUCUAACAGUGGUUCGGAUUCCUCCAGCAGCGAUUCGGAUGAUGACUCAUCAAGUGGAAAGAGAAGAAAAUCGGGUUCCGGGUCGUCUUCAGGGUCUGGGUCGGGGUCCGGGAGUGGUUCCGGGUCGGACUCGUCGGCACAGGAACAGGAACGCAGCGAAGAGUCUGAUGACUAUGAGCCCAGUCACAAAGUCAAGAGUAGAAAGCCUCCCACCAAGGCCACCGCCAGAAACGGGAAGAAGAGCAGCGUGCAGCGGAAAAAACCCUCAGCGGGCUCGUCCUCAGAGGACAACUACGACGGCAAGAAGAAGAAGAAAUCGUCUUCGUCGAACCAGGGGCCCAGGCGGCAGGCUACGCAGAACGUCAGCUACAAGGAGGACGAGGAGCAGAAGACCGACUCGGACGACCUCGUGGAGGUGUGCGGGGAGGACGUUCCCCCGCCGGAGGAGGACGAGUUUGAGACACUGGAGAGGGUGAUGGAGACGCGGAUCGGGAGGAGAGGAGCGACGGGGGGAACCACCACAGUGUACGCGGUUGAGGCAGACGGGGACCCCAACGUCAACUUCAACCCCGCCAAGGAGGCGGGCGAGCAGCAGUACCUGAUCAAGUGGAAAGGCUGGUCCCACAUCCACAACACCUGGGAGACGGAGGAGACGCUGAAGAUGCAGAACGUCAAGGGCAUGAAGAAACUGGAUAACUUCAAGAAGAAGGAGUCGGACAAGCGGAAAUGGAUAAAAUCAUCUUCACCCGAGGAUGUGGAAUAUUUCAACUGUCAACAGGAGCUCAUGGAUGAUCUGCAUUCACAGUAUCAGCUGGUGGAAAGGAUCAUUGGACAUUCAAAUCAGAAGUCGGCGGCCGGUUACCCGGACUACCUCUGUAAGUGGCAGGGACUCCCGUACUCCGAGUGCAGCUGGGAGGACGGAGCCCUCAUCGCCAGGAAGUACCAGAAGAGCAUAGACGACUACAUGCGCAGAAACCAGUCCAAGACAAUUCCCUCCAGAGACUGCAAGGUACUGAAACAGAGGCCGCGGUUUAUACCCAUGAAGAAACAGCCGCCUUACAUAGGAGGAGACGGUCUGGAGCUCCGAGAUUACCAGUUGGACAGCUUGAACUGGAUGGCUCACUCCUGGUGCAAGGGCAACAGCUGCAUACUGGCUGACGAGAUGGGCCUGGGGAAGACCAUCCAGACCAUCUCCUUCCUCAACUACCUGUUCCACGAACACCAGCUCUACGGCCCCUUCCUGCUGGUGGUGCCCCUGUCCACGCUCGUCUCCUGGCAGAGGGAGAUCCAGCUUUGGGCCCCACUCAUGAACGUGGUGGUCUACCUGGGCGAUAUCAGCAGUCGGGGCAUGAUCCGUACGCAUGAGUGGAUGCACGUUCAGACCAAAAGGCUCAAGUUAAACAUCCUGCUAACGACGUAUGAAAUUCUCCUGAAAGAUAAGGCAUUCCUGGGUCAUGUGCCGUGGGCUUUUAUCGGCGUGGACGAGGCCCAUCGACUGAAGAACGACGAUUCGCUGCUCUACAAGACCAUGAUGGAGUUCAAGUCCAACCACCGGCUGCUGAUCACAGGAACGCCGCUCCAGAACUCCCUGAAAGAGCUCUGGUCCCUGUUGCAUUUCAUCAUGCCUGACAAGUUCCACUCGUGGGAGUUGUUUGAGGAGGAACAUGGCAAGGGCAGGGACUCCGGCUACACCAGUCUGCACAAGGAGCUGGAACCGUUUCUCCUGCGGCGAGUCAAGAAGGACGUGGAGAAGUCUCUACCCGCUAAAGUGGAGCAGAUACUCCGAGUGGAGAUGAGUGCCAUCCAGAAACAGUACUACAAGUGGAUCCUGACGAGGAACUACAAGGCUCUCAGUAAAGGCACCAAGGGAAGUACGUCAGGCUUUCUGAAUGUCAUGAUGGAGCUGAAGAAGUGCUGCAACCACUGUUACCUCAUCAAGCCCCCCGAGGACACCGAGUACUACAACAAACAGGAGGCCUUACAGCACCUCAUCCGGAGCAGCGGAAAGCUGGUGCUGCUGGACAAGUUGCUGUUGCGCCUGAGGGAGCGAGGCCACCGCGUGCUCAUCUUCUCCCAGAUGGUCCGGAUGCUGGACAUCCUGGCCGAGUAUCUGAAGAGCCGCCAGUUCCUCUUCCAGAGAUUGGACGGCUCCAUUAAGGGGGAGAUGAGGAAACAGGCUUUGGACCAUUUCAAUGCUGAGGGCUCUGAGGACUUCUGUUUCCUGUUGUCUACGCGGGCGGGCGGUUUGGGCAUCAACCUGGCAUCGGCCGACACAGUGGUUAUCUUCGACUCGGACUGGAACCCCCAGAACGACCUGCAGGCCCAGGCCAGAGCCCACAGGAUUGGCCAGAAGAGACAGGUGAAUAUCUACCGCCUGGUGACUAAGAGCUCUGUGGAGGAGGAGAUCAUUGAGAGGGCCAAGAAGAAGAUGGUCCUGGAUCAUCUGGUCAUUCAGAGGAUGGACACCACUGGCAAGACGGUCCUUCACACUGGCACUGCUCCUUCCAGUGCCACCCCAUUCAACAAGGAGGAGCUGUCUGCCAUUUUGAAGUUUGGUGCUGAGGAGCUGUUCAAGGAGCCAGAGGGAGAGGAACAAGAGCCCCAGGAUAUGGACAUUGAUGACAUCCUGAAGAGGGCAGAGACCAGGGAGAAUGACCCUGGACCUUCCACCGUGGGGGAGGAGCUGCUCUCGCAAUUCAAGGUGGCCAACUUCUCCAUGAUGGAGGAGGAGGAGAUCGUUAUGGACUCAGGCCGCCACCACCGGGGCUGGGAUGAAAUCAUCCCGGAGGCGCAGCGACGUCAGAUGGAGGAGGAGGAGAGGCAAAAGGAGCUGGAGGAGAUCUACCUGCUGCCACGCAUGAGGAACUGUGCCAAACAGAUCAGCUUUAACGGCAACGAGAGCCGGCGAAGUAGAAACCGGAGGUACUCUGGCUCUGACAGCGAUUCCACCUCGGGUCGCAAGAGGCCCAAGAAACGAGGUCGGCCCCGGACCAUUCCAAGAGAGAACAUCAAGGGCUUCAGCGAUGCUGAGAUUCGAAGAUUCAUCAAGAGCUACAAAAAGUUUGGUGGACCACUAGAGAGGCUGGAUGCUAUCGCCCGCGACGCUGAGCUGGUGGAUAAAUCUGAGUUUGACCUGAAACGCCUCGCAGAGACAGUUCACAAUGGUUGCCUGAAGACUCUCAGGGAGAACCCCUGUGGGCCGGAGAAGACAUCUGGGGGCAGAAGAGGGAAAGUAAAAGGUCCUACCUUCAGGAUCUCUGGCGUCCAGGUGAACGCCAAGCUGGUCAUCUCCCACGAGGAGGAGCUGGCCCCCCUGCACAAAGCCAUUCCUGCUGACCCAGAGGAGAGGAAAAGGUACACGAUUCCGUGCCACUCCAAAGCGGCGCACUUCGACAUCGACUGGGGGAAGGAGGAUGACUCCAGUCUGCUCAUAGGAAUCUAUGAAUACGGUUACGGCAGCUGGGAGAUGAUUAAGAUGGACCCCGACCUCAAUCUGACACACAAGCUCUUACCAGACGACCCCGACAAGAAGCCCCAGGCAAAGCAGUUGCAGACCAGGGCGGACUACCUCAUCAAGUUGCUGAGCAAAGACCUGGCGAAGAAGGAGGCCCAGAGGCAGGCCGGGACGGCCAAUUCACGCAAGAGGAAACCGAGGAGUAAGAAGAACAAAGCGGUGAAGCCGGCCAAGGUGGAUGAAGUGGUGAAGAGUCCGUCCUCUGAGCCCCCCUCGGAUAAGUCCUCAGAAGAGGGGGACGACAUCGAGGACGAGAAGGAGGUGGUCCCGGUGAAGCCGCCACCCAGAAGGAGCAGAGGGGAGCGUGUCGUGGUGAAGGAGGAGGAAGAAGAGGAGGAAGACGAAGAGGAGGAGGAGGAGGAGCCGCAUGAGCCAGAGGUGCCCUCGCCCACCGAGGAGGACGAGGAACUCAAAGAAAGGGAGAUCAAGAAGGAUAUUAAAAAGGAGAAGAAAGAGGAGAGCCGAGAUGUGAAGGAGAAGAAGGAUACGAAACCUUUGGAGCCAGUACACAAAGUAGAGGAUGUCUCUGGGGAGAAGCCGAGUGAACUGAAGGCGGAGAUACGGGAGAAGGCGGAGGUACGAGACAAGGCGGAGCUACGGGAGAAGCCAAAGAAGGCCUCCGACAUGCCGGUCCACAUCACGGCCGCUGGAGAUAACGUGCCCAUCUCCGAGGAGUCCGAGGAACUCGACCAGAAAACCUUCAGUGUGUGCAAGGAGAGGAUGCGGCCGGUGAAGGCAGCUCUGAAACAGCUGGACCGCCCGGAGAAGGGCCUGUCGGAGCGGGAACAGCUGGAGCACACGCGCCAGUGCCUGAUCAAGAUCGGAGACCACAUCACGGAGUGUCUCAAGGAGUACUCCAACCCGGAGCAUAUCAAGCAGUGGAGGAAAAACCUGUGGAUAUUUGUUUCAAAGUUCACCGAAUUUGAUGCAAGAAAAUUGCAUAAGUUGUAUAAGCACGCAAUCAAGAAAAGGCAGGAGAACGCCCAGGCAGCAGAGCAGAACACUAGCACUCAAAAUGCCCCCAGCUUUAAACAUGCAGAUGUCGAGAGGUCGAAGGACAACUCUCACCUGGAUGACAGCAGCAGGGACAGCUACAGCUCCGAGAGGCUCCACUCGUCGUCACGCUUCCACGACCACAGCAGCAGCAAAGACCGGGACAGCAGGGACAGACACACGACCUCCGACCCCUACAGCAGGAAAGGCGGGGGGGACUCCCGGAAAAGACCGUACUCCGCCUUCAGCAACGGCAAAGACCAUCGAGAUUACUACCGCUCCGACCACCAGGACAGCAGGUACUACAGUGACAGCAAGCACAGGAAGGUGGACGAUCACCGGUCCAGCUGGGAUGGACGCGCAGACAGCAAGGAGCGCUCCCACUCGGACCACCGCUCCGGCGCCGACUACCCGUCCAGCCACCAGAGGUCGUCGUCCCGAGGCGACUCCUACCGGUACCACACGGACUGGCAGAUGGACCACCGGGCGUCGGCCAGUGGGCCGCGUUCGCCACGCGACCAGCGCUCGCCCUACGACGGCCGCUCGCCACUGGGCCACCGGUCGCCCUUCGAGUACUCGUCGGACCACAAGAGCACGCCGGAGCAGAACUGGAGCAGCCGCAAGACAUAACAGCCGGCGUGGGCCCGGGCCGGGGAGCUAGCCUAGCCUAGCCUGGCGGUGAGGGUAUCAGCCAUAGACACAUUGAAACACAGGAAAUGCCUUAUGGGGGACUGUGGAAGAGAACUAAGCUGUACUACGCACAGUGUAUCUGUGGGCUCAGCAGACCCGUGGCGUCCAUUCUACAACAGUGGGCCACACCUCCCAGGGACAACGGGGGCGUGGCCGUGCGGUUUUGGGGCGGCGGACAAAUUGCAUAUUUUUGUAUUUAAGAGUCGAAAGGUGCACUGUGCCAUAGUUUCUUUUAUUAUUUUUAUAAAACUGACACUUUUUUUUUUUUUUUUCUUCUUACUCCGAAACGGACGGACACUGUGGAGGUCUGCCCAGCGUCUCAACCCACAACACUGGAUCAUGCUAUUGACUGUGUCCGUCUGUCUUUUCCUCACGCUUGUGGUUCUCAUGCUUAUUUAAAAGAAGUGUUAAAUCAAGAAGUAACGUGUGUCUGUCUCGUCAUCGUGCUAAUCGUGGAUGUUUGGGUCUUGUCAAACAGCGGUCUGAAGGACUUGGGCUCACCUUCCAAAGUACCUCAUUUUCAGUGUUCCUUGUGACCACCUCGCCCGUCUGUUCUUGUCUCUUUUCGUCAUGCUUGAAUUAUUUAAUUUCUGUCUCUGCUGUAAAAUAACCUGGACUUUUUUUUUUGUGGAAAACUAAGAAUGACCCUUUCUGAUGAAAUACUACUGUAAAUUAUUGUAAAAUAGUAAAUCAAUGGACUUUUCCCUCAGGCUUUUUGGGGUUUCUUAUGACUUACCUGUCCCCAUCAACUCAGGCUUUUUUUGUCAGUUUUCAUACGGCAGUUAACUUUGAACGAUAAAUGCUAUUCAGAAUGUAACUUUGGUAAACUGGGGGAAUUAUUCCAUUUGUCUAUUACUCCUGUAGAGGGGGGGGGGACUUGUUCCUCUUACAUAAUUCCACGUUGUGAACGUGUCAGAAUCAAUGAGGGAGAGAUCUCGCGUUUUACUACACGCCGUGGAAAAUCAGGAGAGGGCUCUAUGAAAUAGAAGCACCUGUUAGAUCUCAAAUCAACUAGUCUUUUUACAGAUUGUUUUUUUUUUUUUUUUUUUUACGUAGGCAAUAAUGUAAAAUCAUCUAUGCAGCCAAGGUGUAUUUCCGGUGAAUAGCCCAAGUGUUCGAUGCGGUUACCGUCAACACUGUUGUACAUAGAUUUCCUCUAUAUUUCAAAUGAAUUUACACUGAAAAAUGCAUGGAUUUUUAAGAUAAUUGUUUUAUAUAGUUGUUUAUAAAGUCAUUAAACUCAAUCACUGUACUCACUUGUAAUC